CGGUUUGGUCGUUGGUGCGGAGCCCGUCGUUAGUGCUCUCGGUGCUCGGCGCUCGGCUCUGCGGCUCCCGGGAGGCAGCGGCUGCGGCGAUCGGAGAGGCGGCCUGAGGCUUCGCGGAUAGGCUCGAGACAAUGGCCCGGACCAAGCAGACUGCGCGCAAGUCCACCGGAGGCAAAGCCCCCCGCAAGCAGCUGGCCACGAAGGCCGCCCGGAAAAGCGCCCCCUCGACCGGCGGGGUGAAGAAGCCGCAUCGCUACAGGCCCGGCACCGUGGCGCUCCGGGAGAUCCGCCGUUACCAGAAGUCGACGGAGCUGCUGAUCCGGAAGCUGCCCUUCCAGCGGCUGGUGCGGGAGAUCGCGCAGGACUUCAAGACGGACCUGCGGUUCCAGAGCGCGGCCAUCGGCGCGCUGCAGGAGGCCAGCGAGGCGUACCUGGUGGGUCUGUUCGAGGACACGAACCUGUGCGCCAUCCACGCCAAGAGAGUGACCAUCAUGCCCAAAGACAUCCAGCUGGCCCGCCGGAUACGGGGAGAGCGAGCCUGAGUGGAGGCGGUUUUUAUGGCGUUUUGUAGUAAAUUCUGUAAAAUACUUUGGUUUAAUUUGUGACUUUUUUUGUAAGAGAUUGUUUAUAAUAUGUUGCAUUUGUACUUAAGUCAUUCCAUCUUUCACUCAGGAUGAAUGCGAGAAGUGACUGGUCUCGGGCCUCGGUCACAGGCUGGGGUUGGGGGGACACGCUGCUCAUGCGCAGAAGGGAUGGGUGAACUUCCUGCUUCUCAUGAUGCAUGUUUCUGUAUGUUACUGACUUGUUGGGUAGCUAUUAAGGUACUAGAAGUGAUAAAUGUGUACAGGGUCCUUUUGCAAUAAAACUGGUUAUGACUUGAUGCGAGCGUUUAGCAGUUGGGGCUGUUAAGUCUGACCAUACAUCACUGUGAUAGAAUGUGGGCUUUUCCAAGGGUGAAGGUGCAAGUCUUAACCACAGUGUAACUUAGUUCCUUAAAGAAAAAAAAAAAAGUAAACCUGGCAGCUAUAGAAUACACUAUGUGCAUUUAUAAUAGCUAUUUUAUAUAUUGUAGUGUCAACAUUUUUAAAUUAAAUGUUUUGCAUUCACAAGUGGUGGGGAGUCUUGUCAUUAAGAUGUGUUGUAAUUAGAGUUGAGUCGGUCUUUCCUGACUAGACUGCACUUGUUUUCGUAGUAGUGAAAUGCUUUGUG